UGGCAACACAUAAUUCGAAACUUAGACGCAUACUGGUUAGAAAUGCAAAUUUCCUGAGCACGGAUCAGAAUGUUAUCACGGCUCCCCACAUUGCAACAACCUCAAAAUACGCAAACCUUAAUGAAAAGCUCAUUAAAGAAUGUGUUAUCAACCGAGAAUAUCAAGAAGAACUGACAUUUUUAGCAAAAAC